UCUAAAAGUAAUAACAAAUUCUCAAAAUUAUGCGAUUGAAUCAGUUCGUUGAUAUAUAUUAUUUAAUUCAUUAUUUAGUUAACAAUGAUUCAAACUACUUUUAGAAUAUUAUCUAUAUAGUUUACAAGUAUAUGUGAAAGAUAAUGUAUAAUAUUUUAAAUAGUUGGAGACUGAUAUUACCAUAUUAUGAAAAGACGAAAAUUUUUGAAUAUAAAAAUAAUACUUCAUAAAAUAAGUACCUUCAAAUGCAUUAAAAAUUCUUCUAUUACUUACAUUCGAAUUUAUCGCUUUUAUGAUUUAGGAAGACGAGUAAACGCAAUCUGAGCGAACCUAAGCGAACAGAGAAUCAUUAAUUCGUAUUACUAAUGCUACAACGAGCUGUAACAUAUCGAUGCUAUGACAGCGUGAAAAUUAAUCUUGACGGAUGAUAACAAUGUUUAAAAGUUUAGUUAAUGUCAUUCAUCUGACGUAUGCAUCUAAGUAUCCAACUAAGUGAAAUGUUCAGUGAUUAUUCUAUUGCUACGAAUGAUAGAAUAUUAUAAAAAUAUAUCUAGAGAGUUUUAAAAUACAAAAACGCAAGACCUGUCAUCAAAACUGCUGUGUAAAUUUUAAUGCGAUUUAGAACACAACAAUAAAUACUGUCAUGAAUAUAAUGGAUAUGAAAGAUAAUCCUGAAAAUGAUAAUUUUGGAUCUUAUCAUGCUUUGUUGAUCGCAUUCAAAACGAUGAAAGAACGUUGUCAACAAUUACAAACUAGAUUAGCUGCUGUAGAAGAAGAAAAUUUAUGCUUAAGGCUGGAAUGUGGAAACGAUAGAUCUACUGCAAUUGUAAAAGUCAAUAGUAAUGACAAAGCUGUGAUUCAAACUUUACAAGAAAAAGUAGAGAAUCUUAAAAAACAAAAAUCACAAUUAACUCAUCAUGUCUUUAUGGUUGCUGCAGAAAAUCGUCAUUUAUGGAACAGACUAAUUAGAUUAUCAAAAGCUAAUAAGUCUUUAGAAAUGCAUUUCACAAAAAUUUCUGAUGCAUUAAAACAGCAUCCUUCUACUCAACCAUUCGAUAUAAUGUCACAUAGUUUUUAUAAUAUUCCAUCUCCUAUUAAACAAGAAACAAAUAAGUGUAUAUUGGGUAUAGAUAAUGGUGACAAGGAACAAAGUUUGGAAGAAAUAUCACUUAAACUAAUCAACAGUAUUAUGUUGGAAAAAUCAGACCUUGAACAGCAGUAUGCAGAGAUGGUAGAAUUACAAAACAAUGCUGAUUUAAAUUUACAAAAUAUUGGUUUCACUUACCCAGAAGAUUCUGAUACCGACUCAUUAGAACAAUUAAAGCAACAUGAUGUAAGAUUAUCACAAACGAAGGAUGCCUUAUUAGCACAACAAAACAGAUUGAAAAGAGCUAUACAGAAUAUGAAAAAAAUUAAAAGAGGAGGAAUGUGUAAUGGUUGCCGUAAAAAUGCGAAUAAAAAAGUUGUGCAUAUAGGAAUACAAUUUAAUUCAGGUGACAUUUUUCAAGAACAUGGUUCAACACAAACAAGUUUACCACCUAUAAGUUUAUCUUUAGAAAAAUGUACUGCUGAAAAUUCAGAUACUAAUGAUAAAAUUUGUCCAUUAUGUGGAUCUUUCUAUGGAAAGUCUAUUCCAUUUGCAGAAUUUCAUGAACAUGUUUUAAGUCAUUUUACAAAAGACACAUCUGUAGAUGGAUUUGAACUUAUACAUUAAUCCUAUGUACAGAAAAGUGAUGAAAAGUAAUUCUAUAAAAUUUGUUGUCAAUUUAUUAAUGCAGUCUAAGUUACUGUUGAUAAGUACAAGAUAGUAAGAUAUGUAAAUAAUUGAUAACUUUCAAAGAUCUAUUUGCCUUAUUUAUAACAUUGUUCUCAAUCAGUGAAUUCUAUAAAAUGUUAAUAUAUUAUUGCAUCAAUUAUACAGAAUGGAUAGCCAACAAAUAUUUUACUAUAGAUUAUAUAUUUGUAUCUUGCAUAAUGCUGAAUAUAGAAAUUAUUUACAAAUAUA